CUCAUCUUAGUAAUUCGUGUCUUUAUGACGCUGAAGGCUAAUGCAGACAAGUCCGAAGUUCAACGUAUUCGAACUGGUAUCCGUGCAAUUCUGAUGCUCCAACCACUGCUAGGUAUAUCCUGGUUAUUUGGAAUAUUCAGUGUAAACGAACAUACUAUUAUGUUCCAGUAUUUGUUUGUGAUCUGCAACUCCCUCCAGGGUGUGUUUAUAUUCAUAUGCCAUUGCCUGACAAAUGAAGAGGUAAAGUCCAUCUUCUUGAAGAAGUACAAAAAAAUGGCAUCUUCAUCCAUCCAUACAUCUUCAAUGGGAACAGCAUCAUCGACGCUGACAGAAAGUACACAGGCUACGACAGAUGCUAAAUAUAAAGGUUCGUUCAACAACAAACACGCAUGGAAAGAAUAAACUGCUACGUAUUAGACAUUAUGUUUUAUGUAAUCAAAACUGAACGCAAAGUGUAGUUAUAAGUUACUAACUUUUACUCCGACAAUAUUGAAUCACAAGUUUGUUGUUUGUAUUUAUUUACAAAUAAGAGGAAUAGUAGUUAUUAUUUGAACACCAUGCGUGUGCUAUGAAGGUUGUUAAUAUGUAGCAAAAGACCGUUCACACAUACACUACCAUAUGAGCAAGUGACAGUAUAAAUGAUCAAGUAACCUUUUGACGGAUAUUUUUGACAACCCAAUACAUUG